CUGUUAUCAGCGCAGGAGUUAUCAGUAGAGUUGAGCCGAAGUUGUCGCGUCAGUAGCGCAUAAAACUUGGUCUGGACAACAUCGCAUCACUCUGCUCUUCUGAAUUCAGAAGGAGAAGAAGAACGAGAAGAAGGAGGAGAAGAAGAAGUAAAGUUACACCGGGAUACGAACCCACCACCGACUUCAUCUCAACACAAGCACGAAUGUCUCUGAAACUGGUGCUGCUCUCGGCAGGUGUGCUUCCCUUGCUGUGGCUGUCCUCAACAGCCGACCACACCCAACAACAUGCCGCGUCAGCACUAAGCGUCGACAAGCGCUUCUCUAUCAACAUGAUGGACCCGUUCACCCGGCGCAGCGCACUCGACAAGAACUUCGUGCGUUUUGGGAGAUCCAACGGCGGCGCUAACCAACGGGUGUCCCGCGGCCGCAAUGACAACUUCGUCCGGUUCGGACGUGCCCAGAACGCACACGAUGAUGACGACACCACUUUCCCGCCUAGAGAAGAUUUAAUCCGCUUGGGACGUGCGCGCGCCGAUAGUUUCAUCCGUUUUGGGAGAGCUAGACCAGAUAAUUUCAUCCGGUUUGGAAGGGGCGGUAUGGAUCGAUCCAACAACGGUUUCAUCCGGUUUGGGAGAGCUAGACCCGAUAACUUUAUCCGAUUUGGUAGGGGACGUCCCGAUAACUUCAUCCGGUUCGGUAGGGGACGACCUGAUAACUUUAUUCGUUUUGGGAGGGAUCAGUUGAAGUCAAAUGUUGAAAACCGGUUGAAACUGAUUUCCGAUGCUGAGAACCAUUUGAAAAUGGUUGAUGAUGCUGAAAACCAGUUAAAAACUCAGUUGAAACUAGUGUCUGAUGCUGAAAACCAGUUAAAACUAGUUUCUGACGUUGAAAACCAGUUGAAACCGGAUGAAAACAACUAUGACAAUUCAGAACUGUAUACUAGUGAUGAAGAUGAUGGAGACGAAUAUAGUUUUGAGCGGGCACUGAGAGGUAACUCAAAGUUAAACAGCAACUUUGUGCGUUUCGGGAAACGUGUACCAGAAAACAACGAGGAGAUUGUUAACGCCUACAAAAACGGGUUAAAAUUGAAUACACCCCAAGGUAGAGAUUUCUUGGAGAGGUUUAUCAGGUUGCCGGGUCGGAGUAACAUGAAAUCAGAUAGUUUCAUCAGAUUUGGGAGGUCCUUGAGCGGUGGGGAGACAUUUAAGACUGGUGGAGAAAGUGAGGAAAAUUCUGGGGAAGGAAAAUCUGUGUUCAGGGAAAACUCCUCCCAGGAUGAGUCAGCUGAAAAUGAUGGGUUUGUAGAAGAUUCCAAAGUGGUGACCUCUACAGAUCCUGACAUUUUGGGCACCGCCUUUGAAUCGGCAUCCUCUGAAAAUUUGUCUCGGAAAAAACGGGCUGUAGAAUUUGAUGAGAAGAAGCACAACAAAAACCUCUUUACCACCGAUAAAACCAACCAAUCCAGAUCUUUUUAUUCCCCUCUGGCUGCAGGUCUCCCAGGUUUUAUCCUGGGGCCUGAGCUAUCCGUGCUUCCUGUAAAAGAAACCAGCCAGAAAUGUAAUAAUAGUGAGGAGAAGACCAAGAAUUUCAUUCGACUGGGUUAGGUUUAUGGGGGGUAUUGUUGUUUUAAUUGUAUUAGACUGAUCCCCUAUUGUUGAAUGUGCUUGUCAAAGAAACCCAAAGAUAAAUUUUGACGUUGUUUGAGAAACUACGAUCAAAUUUAGCCGAUUUAUAUAAAUUUUAAAUAGAGAAAACAGGAAAUAGUUUGUGUCAAGAGACUGAAUUUUACCCCCGGAGUUUUGUUUCUAUCGACUUCCAUUGUUCAGUAACAAAAUUCGGUUGUUGGAUCUAUCAAACAACAAAGCCUACAUUAUCAACGAAAUUUAUUCUAAUAAUACCAUCACAUCCAGUAUUUAUGUUAAUUUACGAGUACUUGUUGAAUUAAAAAUUCGACUACCAACUUCUUGUUAAUUUCUGAAAAAAUUGUAAUCAAUUCAACAUAACUAUUAAAUGUUAUGUACAUAACAUAACUGUUCUACAUUAUGAUAGUAUACUAUAUUGUUACUAAUCAAAAAACUAUUUAAACACAUGAUGUAUAUUGAGCUAUUUUAAAUACAUAGAAAAUAUCUAUUUGUUGAUAAUAAAUGCAUUUUGUUUAACUAUCAAGUCUAUUAAACGUCUUUCAGCAACCACA